AUAUAAUUACAGUUAUUCAAAAAAUAACCAGGCAUUUCGUAAUAAAUACCCGUAUCUUGGAUAACAAGAUCUUAUCUUUUUGGGUGCUGCGUUUCAUCACCCUGCCCUGACGUGAGAACGAGUAACAAUGUACGAAACGGCGACAAAUCCAAUUUGGUCCGCAUAAAAGAGCUUAGCACUUGUCCAAGAAUUUUCAUUAAUAAUUUUAUCGAGUCCGCGCUAUGUGUCUUCCGAGCAAAGUGAAGGGCCAGACGGUCCAAAUGAUCGCAGUUUUAGUGGUUUGUUCUUUUAUUUCCAUUUAAGGUAAUGUACUGAACUUCAAUUUUGGCCUGACCUUUGGGGUGACAUCGUCAUAUGCCAGACUUUAUGAAUCGCCGGAGAGAACCCUCUUGGCGCACGUUGCACAACCGCAAGAAAUAACAUGGAUGGGGAGCAUCCUCUUUCUUUCGGCAGCAAUGGCCUCGUUGGUGUUUGGCCCGAUUUCGUAUAAAAUCGGACCAAAAUCUGUGCUGCUUCUCUGUGGCCUAUUGCAAAUGGCGAGCUGGUUCUGCGUCCACUUUGCUUCUGAUAUGUUACACAUCUAUUCGUCGCGAGUUUUUGCCGGAAUAGCAGGUGGUGCUGCCUAUACGGUCUUACCCCUUUACAUAUCGGAAAUUGCGGAAGGGCCUGCUGCAAAGGCUUCUCUGAACGUAUCCGUUGACAUAUGGCGUGCAUGCGGAAUUUUUAUUGGUUUUAUUUUCGGAUCGUAUCUCAAUUACGACUACGUCGCGGUUGUGGGCAUUCUGAUAUCAUUUUUCUUUUCGAUGGUAUUCCCCUUUGUUCAGGAGAGUCCAUAUUAUUUCCUACGCAAAGGCAACAUGGCUGGAUUGGAAAAGUCGUUACGUUGGUUCCGUGGAAUUCGCAGCAUUGAUGACCGAAACAAUCCGGAGUUCGAUCACGAACUGGCCCAAAUCAAGAACAGUCUACAUGAAAAAACACAACUGAUCGAAUCGGGUCCAUCUGCAUCUCAAUUGGUAAAAAUCUUGUUUGGUGACCUGGUUCUGGCAGUGGCCUCCCAACUUGGCGGUAUUUUUACAAUUUUGUCGUACGGUUCAAUAAUAUCCAACUCUGCAACACCCCUCAAAUUGACAGGCGAUAUAUUGGUACUGAUUUUUGCAGUCGUACAUCUGUUGGCAACUCUUGUGGCUAAGGCCUUUAGUGGAUGCGUAAAUCGUAGGAUGCUGUUAGUUAUAACAUCCCUAGGCUCUGCUAUGUGUUUUCUGUUGGGAGCGGUAUAUUCUUUAUAUGAACAUACUUGGGAUAUGGAUGAUGAUAUAGCAGCCUGGAUAAUGCCAAUCCUAUUUGCACUACAAAUAUUGUUUGCCAGUGCUGGUUUUAUUACCGUAUCGACUACAGUAUUCAUGGAGAAUAUUCCCAAGAAGUCACAAUACAAACUUCUCGGAAUGCUGCACUUUCUCUCGUGGAUAGCUGUAUUCGCCAUUAUUCACUACUAUGUUCCCAUUGUGCACAGUGUUUCCAUCACCGGUCUGCUACUUAUUUUCACCCUCGGUAGCUUUGCUGUUACAAUUGGGGCACUGUUUUUCUACGACAAAAUUCAGUCUGCAAAGGAACUUGAAUGUAACGGCAACUCAAUACCCAAUGGACGUUAUGCAAAUGUGCAUAUUUAAAAAAAGUCAUUUCAUCUAUGUACAGAAUCUUUUCAUCCACAAUGUCAUUACACGGUAAACCUUUAAAAAUGUAGAAAUAGAAUAAGCUAAUUUAUUUUAAAAAAUAAUAAAAACAAGUAAGCAAAGGCUAUAGUCGUGCGUGGCCGACUAUGUUAUACCCUACAACACUACAAUA